AAUCAUGCAGAUGAGCAGGCAUGCUAUACACUUGCAUGACUGUGUACUAUUUGUGCACACAAUAGUGAGGGAAAGAACCCAAUGUGUUGCCUCCCAACUAGCAUCCCAAGGCUGGAAGAAGACAUUCGCUCAGUAAGACUGCGUCCAUGUUGUCCAUAAGGAGAGGCCGCCCAUCCGUGACUACGACGCGAAUUCAUCGACAGCUAAAUCGCAAAUGGAUUAAUAAUUGAUUUAAAGCAAAAUGACAAUUAUUAAUUUGAGGUUGUCAUCCACAGAGACCACAUUUGGACCGCUUCUCUCCCUUCUUUCUUUGUACGCUACGCCCUCCGACGUCCUCCCCCAAUCGGAAACACCUGUUCCUCCGGCUCAGGCUCACCUUCUGGUCUCCCAUCUCGCCGGCCGUAGUCCGGCGACCCUCGUCCCGCAAACAGCACUGCCGGUUUCUCCUAUCGUCCCUCCGCUUUCCGGAAAUUAGCACGGUGGAGCUGGUACUGAUGCUGCCGGGGAGCGACGCAUCUUUCGAGAGGACACCAGAAGCAAGCAGCAACGCCUUUAGGGCCGCUGAGCGUAUUGCGCAUGCGUCAAGGGAGAAUUGUGGGUAGUGGUGUCUGCAACUGUGGCUUUGAGCGAUGAUGCCUUCAGGUACCUUAAGGAGAUUUAAAAAAAUAUAUGGGUUGUAUCACAAUGGUUGCAGACGUUUUGCUCUUACGUUUACUUCAGUUAUAUAUAUACCUUUUAAAAAUGGUCCUAACCAUUAAAAUGAGAAAUAAUGAAAACAAAAAAAAAAUAAACAAAAAAUUGCUUCAGUAUACAGUAAUUUAGAAAGUAAUGUGUAAAGUAGACGGCUGUAAUGCCUUAGGGACCUUAUGGAGUAAAGAAAACUCUGUAGUGGAUAGUAUUACUAUGGUUAAGUACAUAAAACUUUUAUUUUACACUUACUUCACUUACAGUAUGUAAAUUAUAUUUAAAUUAUGAGUCAUUGCCCUAAAAUGAACAAUGACAAUUAAAAAAAUAUAUACCAUAAAGAAAGAUAUUGGUGUAACUGUAAAGUACAGGGCUGUGAUGCCUUCAGGGAAGUCAGGGAAAAAUGUGUAGUAUCCAUAUCCAUAAUGUGUAGUAUCACAUUUGAGUGUUCAUCUUUUUUCCUUAAUUGUAAUACUAAGCGCAAAAAUGGUGGAAGUGCGUAAAAUACUUAAGUUUAUAUAUAUAUAUAUAUAUAUAUAUAUAUAUAUAACAUUAAAUUUAAAGCAUUUGCAUGUUCGCACAACACAAACAUCUUUUAGCAUGCUGAUAUGUGAAGUCAAAUCAUGGAACAUAAACGUUUGUUAAGCAUCUUCAAAAUAAACCAAACCAUGGCCAUUACAAUGAAAAUGUGAAAAAGAAAAGGAAAAUAUAAAGUAGGCAGACGUGCAUGUGCAUGUACUGUAGAUGAAAGCGCAUGGGUUCUUCUUCGGCUGUACUUCUUGCACACCCCACCACAGUGACCUCAGUGAAAGCUGCUGACACUCUUGAGUUCAGAGGAAAAAAAAGUCCAACCACCCACUCACUCACUCACAGCUCGUCUUUUAGGUCCUUCAGCGCUGCAGACAGGAUGAGAAGAAGAUGGAAAUGUUAUUGAAGCAGACGACGCUGGUGUUACUCAGUGUGUGUGUUGCUGCCACGACACAGUGUACUGCUGUUUUAAACGAAACACGGACAAGAGUGGUCGUUCCCGUGGAUUCUGCUCUGACUUUGUGCUACCGAAUGAAGAGUUGGACACCAAAGAGAUUCGAGUUAUACUGGCAUUUUAAUCCAUCUGGACCCUCGUUUGACAACUCUGAGAGAAUCUUUAAAUCAUUCAUAUUAAAUAUGUCAAACGAAACUAAGGACACAUUUCAGAUGUACACUUUAGUCAAUGUUACAAACAAUAACAGCGGAUGGUACUUUUGCAGAAUCAAUGCAGACAUUCCCACACUGAUGAGUGAGGAUUGCAAUGGAACAGAAGUGCUCGUUCAAGGUGUUUCUGUUUCUGCUCCAUCCAAAGAUGUAUCCUUGCAAGACACCUGGUGGCUCUGGGUGACAGUGGCAGUGUUCGGACUCAUCGUGCUGGUUCUGCUGGUCCUGUGUUUGCUUCUGACCAGGCAACGUAAACGCAGAGAACAGAGCUGUCCAGUCUACAUGAACACACAUCCUUCCCCACGCGCACCCUCAACUGCCCAGCUAAGGGCGCCUCAGAGCUCCCAGAAGUUGCGCACCCCAAGUCCUGCCAGGGACAACAACAACAGCAAACAGAGGCCCAAGCAGCAACAAAGAUGUCACAAAUGAUCAAAUUUGAGCUUUAAGAUGGCUAUGCGCUGGUGAAAACACAAUAUGCAAUUUAUAUUUAAUGUAGAGUAGUGGUUUAUUUGUGUCAAUGUGUAUCAUUUAGUUCAUUAUAAAGGGAGCUUUGCUACAUCACCAAGGCUGUGACAUAUGAACAAUCAUCAUGUACUGCAUACAUUUAAAAGCACAAGGUACAAAUAACUGGUAAACAGACUUGAGGGUAUUCAAAUAAAAAUAUAUUCCUCCUGAGAGCCAGCAAUGCAUUUUUGUCUGUUUUAAAAGGUGUUUAAAAGUGUUUAAAGGACAGCCGUAUUUCAAACACACUCUUCAAGCAUAAAAGCUGCUGUGAUAAGUCGGGUUGUCCAAUCAAAUAGAAGAUCAGUCUCCCAAAACGGCUGCCAUAUCGACCACAAGAGAAGUAACAUUACAUUUAUCAAGCUAUUGUGUUCUUAAAGGUAGAAAUUGAGUGUUUAAGUUUGAGAUGGUUUUGGUAACAGACUACAUUUUCAAGAUACUGAAAACAACCCAUUUUUUAACAUUAAACUUUGAAGAACAAUUGGAAGUUAAACUUUCCCAUUCAUGGCUUUCACUCACCGCUGUCUCGUAUACACUUACUUGUCAGUGGCACGUACACAUACACAAAAAAGUCUCAGAGUACGGACCGACAAUUUGGAGUCAUUGUGUGGUAAUGAUAGGCUAUACAUUCAGCAGUACAUUAUUAGCUAAACUUUGCCAAAUCGCUAUCAUUAGCUGACCUCAUACAGCUACUGCGCGUGUGUUUCAUGGAGCGUGGCUGCAACUAGUUAGCUAGUGAUGCCUCGGUCGUGAGCAAAAUGGUUCUUUGAAGUAAAAGACAGGAGUCGGCCCUUUGAAGUGAAAAGAAGCCAUUGUUUUAUCUCUUAUUUCUUUUCCAUUAAAGCUGCACAUGAUUGGUUAAAAUUUGUGGUGCCUAUCUAAGUCACUAAGCAGAAGGGGGAGGGAGGGUUAUACCAGAGCCGUAUAUAGAGAGAGUUUGGCCAACUCGGUUUCAGAGCUACUACGCUGUGAUUGGUCAACUGCUGGUCACAUGACAUAUGGACGCCAUGUUGCUACCCUUCUGCUGCAAUUUCAUAACGUCAAACGAGAGGAGUGAAAAGCAAAUAACACUUCAUUGUUGUGCGAAGUAAGUAAAAUAACAAGAUUUGAAUUAGGUGGGACUGCACAAUGCAGUCUAGAUGUUGGCAUUUAUUAAUGGUCUUGAGGAAAAUGUUAAGUAAUGACAGUUUCAUAUGUACAUGUAUUUAUUUUUAAUUUAAGCUCAAACUUAGCUAAUGAUGUGCUGUGAUCAAGUGCUAUGAUCAAAAUUGAAAUGGAAAUCUGUUUUCAUACAAUAGAUGAAUAAAUCAAGCAAGACACAAGUCAUUGCAUUGAAAUGAAUGUUCACUUCCACUAUUGUUUACCUUGAAAUACAAUAAUUUCCAUGCAGCUUUCUGGUAUCAUGAAACUGGAUGUAUUGCAUCCAAGUUUCAGACACAGUACAUUUGUUUUCAUACAUGUAUGUUCAUCUCAAAAAGAGUUUUCAUCAUUCUCCUAU